GACGUCUUGUGAUCCAACUCAGUCUCCGCAUCCACGUCGUCGGUGCUAUGCCUGGCACUCACCUCCUCCCGCCGAAUCUCUUAAAAUUAUUCGCCCCUCGUCCUCCGCUUCCGUAUACUCGUCCGGUCGACAAGGACCGCGAUCGAAUUCGGUCAAAAAAUGUUUCGGGUGUCGCGGAAAUUCUUGCUCGGCUUAAGGAGGCCCAAACGGAGGAUAUGAUCAGCGCAGGGGAGACAGACGCGAAUAUGGAAGAGGGAGAAGAACCCGCAUUUACUCUUGCUGAGGAGGUUAAGCGGCAGAUUCGACGCGAGGACCGCAAGAAAAAGAGAGCAGAAGAAUUUAAAAUCGCGAAGGAGACCUACAAACCUGCUGAUGAUACCGAGGCCGUCGGAGACCCAUACAAGACUCUGUUCAUCUCCCGGUUGCAUAAAACGGCCACCGAAAACGACCUCCGGCGUGAGUUUGAGAGUUACGGAACGAUUGAGCGUGUACGGAUUGUUCGAGACAAGAAGGCACGCAGCCGAGGCUACGCGUUUGUUGUGUAUGAGCGCGAACGUGACAUGAAAGCUGCGUACAAGGAGUCUGAUGGACUAGUCAUUAUGGGGAAGCGUAUUUUGGUCGACGUCGAACGUGGGCGCACGGUGCGAGGAUGGAAACCUCGUCGCCUUGGCGGAGGUCUGGGUGGCCGCCCAAAACGAGUUGAGCCAGUCGGGCCUCCCAGAGGUGGUGGUGGCGGCGGCGGCGGCGGGUUCCGUGGAGGCUUCGGAGGCGGGAGACCGUUUGACCGAGGCGGAGGACCAGGCUUCAGAGGAGGGGGCCGGGGCGGUGGCUUUGGCGGCGGAGGUGGGGGUCGCUUUGGGGACCGUGGCGGCGGGGGCUUCCCACCGAGUGAUCGAGGGUAUGGAGACAGAGGUGGUGGUGGAUUCGGUGGAGAUCGUAACGGUGGAGGAUUCCGUGGUGGUCCACCUGGGAGCGGUCCGCCUGGAGGAGGGUUCCGAGGUCGCGACGACUUUGGUGGUGGAGGGUUCCGUGGCGGCCGAGGUGCCGGUAUCGGAUUCGGUGGUGGAUUCAACGAUGGGCCGGGUGGUCAUGGUCCUCCCGGGUUCAACGGGCCUCCGGGCGGCGGCGGCGGCGGAUAUGGGCCUCCAGGUGGUGGGUAUGGCGCUGGAGGCGGUGGGUAUCGUGAUCUCAAGCGCGAGGCACCUGGAGGUUAUGAGGAUCGUGACUCAAAGCGGCCGAGAUAUUGAAGGUUUGGCAAGGUAUCAUUGCCAUUUAUUCUUGUUCCUUCCACUUCAUCCUCAAGGUAGUUGUAUGGAGAAGUGUGUAAGUAUGUGCUUGGUAUAAGUAUUUCACCAGGAAAUUUCCUCUUCCGAUAGUUUAGCGUCCAUCCGUUCGUCGGCAUAUGAUUGGCAUUUUUAUGUUGUGCACACACGUGGCUUGGGUCUUCUGUCUCUUGUCCUAGGUCUUUCCACAAGACAUGCCGGUUGAUCGUGGUGCUCGCCUACGUUCCCCGGGCGGCGAUUUUUCACGUCGGGUAGCAACGGUACAUACUGCCAAAAUCAGCUUUUAUUUCUGCGAUCUUCCGCUUGGACCUGCUAUGUGGAUUGCAGACUUUCGUCCCGUGAAGUCUGUCAAGGUCUGUCAUCGAAGUUCGAACGUGGAGUGAUCGCCCGGUGUCACACUGCCACUGAUCGCUGCUUUCUGCCACGUUUCAGAUAUAGGGAUAGGGGCUUGGAUGCUGUCCUAUGUUACCCUGAGCGCGUCUUGUCUUGUUUCUUUCCAAGACUGGUGGGAGCUGUUUUCAAUUGCAUCUUUCGCCCGGCCCAGAGUGCAGUCGAUCCGGUGCUUCCCUGGACCUCUGUCCUCCCAGUUCCCUUGGUUGCGUUUGGGCGAUCAGAUCCACCAUCAGUGACAUAUCUAGGCACGUCAACUCAACCCUUUUGGUAGACAUCAACUUCUCUUGUUUCCUUAUGUGGUCAUAUCUGAGACCUGCUCGGAACCCCGGACCUCUUCUUUCCUUUCGCCCGAUUCACCUUCCUUCCCCCACCUGACGACGAGGCAAUUUCCAGUCGGCCGCGCCGCCUUUCGAGUUUCUCCUGACUUGUUCUUUUCUUACCCCUGUUGUCCCUUCAUCCAGUCUGCGCCCCCGCGUCCGUCGCCGUAGUCAAGGCUCACCGGUCACAGACGUUUGUAUAUCAUGCCGGACAGUGCCCUGGCACGUUCCAUGGCUUCUCCGGUCACCAGCCGCUCGUCCUCUGCGGGGUCUCCUGAUCGCGACGAAGGAGAAACGAGUCACCACAGCGCCGAGGUGCUCGUCGAGCGGCCCAAACGAUGUCGGGUCACUCCCGAACAACUUGUUCCUCUGGAACGUUUUUUCUCUCUGGAUCCCAGCCCAACGGCUACCCGACGUCGUGAAAUCAGCGAGGAGCUUGGCAUGCAGGAGCGCCAGACUCAGAUUUGGUUUCAAAACAGACGCGCAAAAGCGCGGAACCAGAACGCGAAGCUUAAGCGCGCGAAAGAGCAGAUGCUGGCCGUCAAUGGACAUUCUCCCGUAACGACGGCCUUCGAGGACGAGCUCAAUCGGCUCAUCCACGAGGAUGACCCGGUGACCUUCAUUCCUUGCU